CUCGUGCUUCUAGAGGAAACUGAAGUCCCAGUGGCCCAGAGAGGAGCUCACAGUUCCCGGCGUCUGCUCACCAGUGUCCUGCGCCCACCAUGUGGCCCCUGGUCGUAUUGUGGGGCUGCCUGGUGCUCCCAGGUUACGAAGCCCUGGAGGGCCCAAAGGAGGUCAGCGGGUUCGAGGGUGACACGGUGUCCCUGCGGUGCACCUACAGCGAAGAGCUGAGAGAGCACAGGAAGUACUGGUGCAAGAAGGGCGGGCUCCUGAUCUCCCGCUGUUCCACCACUGUCUAUGCGGGAGCAGACGGCCAGCGGACCACAAGAGGCAGGGUGUCCAUCCUCGACAGCCGCAGCGAGCUCGCGUUCACGGUGACCCUGAGGAACCUCACCCUGCAGGAUGCCGGGGACUAUUGGUGUGGGGUCAACAGGCUGGGCCGCGACGAGUCUUUCCUGGUGUCUCUUUUUGUCUUUCCAGGGCCCUGCUGUCCUUCCUCCUCUACUCCCUCCUCCUGGCCUCUUGCUACCAAGAGCCUGCAGCCCAAGGCAAGCACUGGGCAAAUCCGGCCCCCAGAAUUGACUUCUCCUGGUCUUCGUCUGACACUCGCCACAGCCACACAGGCGAAGACAGGGGCGGAGGCCUCUUGGUUCACAGAGACCUCGCCGCACGGGCGCACAGGAGCCUUUCUGUACACAGAGACCUCUCCGUAUGCAGAGAACUCUCCUCACACAGAGACCUUUCCUCACGCAGGGAGCUCCCGCCCAGCCAUGCAGCUGGACUCCUCCUCGACAAGAGACAUCAGUUCUGCCCCCAGCAGCAGCAGCUCCAAGCCCAGCUCCAGGGCGUCCAUCCAGAUGGUCCGCAAAGUGGCCCCAGUCCUGGUGCUGUUGAUCCUUCUUCUGGCCACAGUCCUGAUCACCUGUGGCAGUCACAUGGUCCGGAGGAGAAGGGAAGCACAACUGGCCACGGAGGGACAGAGGGACGGAAAGGUCUACCUCUCAGCCCUGCUGCUGGGGAACAGCUGGGUCCCGCAGGACACCCCCAUCCACCUUGCAGGUCCCCCUGGACCUCAUGCCAGCACAGAGUCCCCUGCCAGUCUCUACAUGGAGAUCCAGUGCCUGGGCCAGACUACAGGGGAAGAGGAUGCCCCUUCUCAGGACCCCAACGGGGACGCGGGGCCGGUGCCACCUAUCUACAUGUCUGAGGAGGACCUGGACUUCUCAAAGUUCGUCUCAGUCUAGCCAGGUGGCUGGAGACAGAAUGCCUGGAUCCGCUCUACUUCACAUAAGCGUUUACCCCAGCCCUUGUCCAUCUGCUCAGACCACAGGCCUCUCCCUACCCUCCCAGGCUCUCCUCCACACGCCCCAGCCUGGGCUAGAAGCAGCUGUCAGCUCUGGAGCCUGGAGAGCGGCCUUAUGGUUCUAGCCUGAGAGCAGGACUCCCCUAAUAUGGUCACUGCCCUGGGGCUUCGCGAGGGUGGGGCUCUGCAGAUCUGACCUGAGUCUGAAUCUGCUCCAGGAACUCCCCUGGGCCUAGGUGCCUAGUAAUCGGCCUUACCUUCCCACCCCCACCUUCUCCUCGCUCCUUGGUAUUCUGCGUCACUUCUGCAUGGGCUGCUGCUGAGAGAACCACGCUGCCUUAGACUGGAUUCUGGCUUCUCAAAGCAGGACUGUGAGCCAGCUACAUCCCAACCCUCCAGGAAGCUACUCAAGAAUGCGGUCCUGGAGGACUGGGCCCAAGACUGCAUUUCUCUGACUUGUUUGUUUGUUUUGCUAGAGGGUGAAUGCACUAGAAAGAGAGAGUGAGAGGGAGGGGGAAAUGAGAAAGCACCCCCAAGGAG